UCUUUAAUAUCUACUAAAGAAACUGCAGAAGACACCACAGAUGGCUUAAACACUGAUGCAGAAGAAUCCUAUCUUGAUGAUGACUUGGACCUGGAAGAUAUGGAAGAAAGCUCAACGUCAUCACAGGAUUAUUUCCAGAGCGCGGGAACAUCCCAGGAACCUCCUGUUGAAGUUAAGGAAGAGGCCGAGGAGAAAGUAAAGAAGAAGCUCUCUGAGAACUUCUUCUACAAUUACUCAGAGCUCGUCUCCAUACCGUAUGUGACUCCGGAAUCAACGAUCCCACUGGAUUGUCUCACUCUCGAACAUUCUUUUGGCUAUGACUGCAAAAAGCGAGCCAACCUGCAACUCCUGGACAGCAGCACCUUGAUGUACAUCGCUGGGAACCAGCUGGUCCUGUUGGAUUUUAGAACCAAGGAGCAAAUGUACCUGCAUAGUAGCAGCGGGCAGGGAAUUGGUGCCAUCGGGGUCCAUCCAGAUAAAACUUACUUCACAGUCGCUGAAAAAGGGAGUUUUCCAAGUAUCAUCAUCUACGAGUACCCUUCCCUGAAGCCAUACAGAAUCAUGCGUGACGGCACUGAGAGGGCCUAUGCUUACGUGGACUUUAAUGAUGAAGGCACCUUGCUCGCCUCCGUCGGUAGUCACCCUGAUUACACAAUAACCAUCUGGAACUGGAAGGACGAGGUGCCCACACUGAGGACAAAGGCGUUUUCUCAGGAUGUUUUUAAGGUCACUUUCAACCCUGAAGAUGAUGAGCAGCUAACCACGUCAGGCUCGGGCCACAUCAAGUUCUGGACAAUGGCUUUUACAUUCACUGGCCUCAAGCUACAGGGAUCACUGGGGCGAUUUGGCAAAACGUCCACUAGUGACAUAGAGGGCUACACAGAGCUUCCGGACGGGAAGGUACUCUCAGGGUCAGAGUGGGGCAACCUGCUGCUUUGGGAAGGCAGCCUCAUCAAGGUGGAGCUCUGUCGAACUGGCAUGAAGUCCUGUCACCACGGUCCCAUUAACCAGAUAAUGCUGGAUGAGGGGGAAGUUAUCACCGCCGGGUCAGACGGCUGUGUUAGGAUAUGGGACUUUGAGACAAUAGACACCGCUGACGUUAUAGAUGAUACAGGAUUGUUGGAGAUAGAGCCUAUUAAUGAACUUCAAGUGGACAAGAAUGUCAACCUCUUCUCAAUGAUAAAGAUGGAUGAAAUCGGAAACAACCUUUGGCUGGCUCAAGAUGCCAAUGGAGCCAUAUGGAAGCUUGACCUUAGCUUUUCAAAUAUUACCCAGGAUCCAGAAUGCCUCUUCUCUUUCCAUUCUGGAGCCAUUGAGGCCUUGGCUGUUUCUCCUCUCACUUAUCUCAUGGCCACAACUGCCUUGGACUGCUAUGUUCGCAUCUAUGAUUUCGCUAGCAAAACUCCUUUGGUUCAUAUGAAAUUCAAACAAGGUGGUACGUCCCUUGCUUGGGUACCCCAAACAGUAAUGUUUUCUGCAGCCCAGAUCAUCGUAGGAUUCCAAGACGGUGUCGUUCGGAUUCUUGAACUUUAUGAUCCGAAAGGACUUACAAUUUUUGCAGGACGGAAGAAAGUCUUAGAUGCUGAGUUACAACUGAAGCAUGUCUUCAAACCCCAUACUGCUGAGGUCACGGCUUUAGCUUAUGAACGUGACGGGGAGAUCCUAGCCACCGGGAGUAAAGAUAAUACUGUGUUCUUUUUCGAUGUGGAAAGGGAUUACAAGCCGAUUGGUUAUUUCAAUACUCCUGGGCCUGUCUGCCAGUUGAUGUGGUCCCCAAUGAGUCACCCUGAAAGCACCCUGCUGACUAUCUGCGAGAAUGGAUAUAUUCUUGAAUCUCCAUAUCCAACCAUUAAGGAGAUAGAUGAUCAUGACAUUGUCUCCUAUGAAAUCCAGGGCAUGCUUCUCAGAUGUUUUCAUUUCUCAAGUGUCAAAUCUAAGAUUCUGAGAUUAAUGGAAAUUGAAAGGAGAGAAAAGCAAAGGGAGCUGAAGGAGAAGGAAAAAGAAGAGAGGAGGAGGAGGAAGCUCGAGAUGCAGCGGGAAGAAUUUGGAGAAGAGGAGUUGCCGGAGGAGGAGGAGAGCGAGGAGGAGGAGGAGGAGGAGGAGGAGGAGCCUCUGCCUGAGAUCUUCAUGCCCCCAAGGCCCUCUCCCAUCCUCUGUGGCUUUUACUCAGGGCCAGGGAGGUUCUGGGUGUCACUGGGCAACUAUGAUUCUGGCUUUCUGUAUCACUGUCAGUUUCCCCAGUAUGUCAGUGGUGAUUUCCAAACACAGAAAAAUGAACCAUUUGAUUUCCGCAUUGUCGAGGAUACGGAGGACAACCCCAUCCAAGCAAUCACUUUCAGUUAUAGCCAAACCAUGAUGUUCUGUGGAAUGAGAAAUGGAGCGAUUCGAGUGUAUGUCCUAAGUAAGGAUGAUUCCUCCCUGACCACCUUUCAGGAUUACUGGCAUUUCAGUGUGCAUGACAAUAAUUACGGAUGCAUUAAAAGUAUUUUUCCCAGUUUUGAUGACCAGUACUUGGUGACUGCCGGGGCGGAUGGUAAUAUCUUUGUUUUCAACGUUGUUUCUCCAUUUAUGGUUGAGAAAGAGGCCAAAGCCAAAGUGCCAUCUCCCAGGUAUGGGAUAGAGUCAGAGCCCAUUCCAGAAGACAUUGAAGAUCCCAAAGCCUACAGUAUUGAGAAUGCCAGGAGGAAAAGAGAACAUGACAGGCUAAUGAAGGAAGUAGAAGAAAUAAAAGCUGGCAAGAGAGAACACAUCAAAGUUUUGAGGAAUGAAUUUUGGAAAUUGUUAGCAAUGAAUAAAGAAUUACCAGCACAUAUGCAGUUCCAAAGAACAGAUUUCAAUAUUGAUGCCAGAAUUCACUCUGAAAUAAAUAAGAAAACAAUUUUCAAAAUGCAACAAGUGGAAAAGGAAUUAGCUUGGGAAAAACAGAAAUACGAACUGGGCCUGAAGAAGCUGCAGAACAGAUUUCGUGAUCCACUGGAAAGUGACACUAUUACAGUUUAUGCCAUCCAGAGUGACCACCAGAUAGCCUCUUAUAGGCUGGUGAAACCCUCUAAGUAUUCCAAGUUAAAACGUCCAAGUCAGACGGAGAGAAGAGCGAGCAAAAUGGAGAGGUUUGAAAAGGAAGGAUCCGGAAGGAAGGAGAGCCAAAAAGACACAGGUGCAAGCGUUACCAUACAAGAAGAAUCAGUAGUAGACAAAGAGAAGAAGACUCGGCCUCGAACCCUAAGUGAAAUUAUGGUAGAAAAUCAAAUUGAGAAGACGAAGAAACUCAUACAGCAGGCCGAACGGGCCCAGACUAAGAUCCAGCAGCGUAAAAAGGAGUGGGAUGAACUUUACAAGAGCAAACCUGAUGAUGACUAUGAAGACCCCAAGGAUGUUCAAGCCAUCAAAGAAGCCCAGACAUUCAUGGGGGACUUCAAUCUGAAGACAGCCCCCGACUACAAGAUACCUGAGCACAUGAGGAUAAAUGCUGCCAAGAAGGAGGAGGAACUGGGCUUCCUUGACACAAUGGCCCACGGAAAGAAGAAGUACAUGAACAAGUGCAUCCAGUCCCUUCGAGAUCUCAAGCUGGCUGUCAUUGAGGAAAUCCAGUGCCUGGUCCAGGAACUGAAGAACAUUCAGUCAUCCAUCCCCACAGCCAAGCACAUGCCCAUCCCCCAGGUCCCACAGAUAUACCCAGAAGAAGUCCCAGAAAGGAGAUUUCAAUACGACGAGGAAACGCUCCUGAGAUUUAAGAGAAAACAGCAGAAACGCCAGGACGAAAAAAGCGACAGCAAACAAUCCGGAGCCGGCAGCACAGGUGGAGGAGGGCUAGGCUUCCUCAAACUGUCGUCUGGAAAGGAAGGAGAUCUAACGACGAGGGACUCUCUGUCUAGGUCAUCCAAGGCGUCAGCGCUCCUGGAGCUUCCAAAGCCGUCAGAGUUUGAAAAGACAGAGCCAGGUGACGUGGAGCUGGAGAUUAUAAAGAGAGAUGAGGUCAAACAUCUGUACAUGCAACAGUAUUUGUGCAACAGGAUCAAAGAACUGAUGGUCACUUUUGACGCAGAACUCCACCUCCUGAGACAUCAGAAGCUGAAGUUAGACACGAAGAUGAAAUUAUCUGACCUGCACCACGUCACAUUGUUCCAAGAAAUGCUUCUCCUCAAGAAUUUUGAAAAGCAGGAAAAUAUUCUGCAAGAGCGUGUUAAUUCCUUAGACAAAGAGGAGCAAGACAUGCAAUGGAAAAUAAACGAGACUCUUAAAGAGAUGGAAGAGAAAAAGAAUGAAAUCGCCAAACUCCAGGAGCAGGAAAAGGCGCUGUAUGCUGGCUUCCAGGCCGCCCUCGGAGAAAAUAAUAAAUUUGCCAAUUUCCUCAUGAAGGUCCUGAAGAAGAAGAUUAAACGGGCAAAGAAAAAGGAAGUUGAAGGAGAUGCUGAAGAAGAUGAGGAGAGUGAGGAAUCCAGUGAAGAGGAGUCCAGCCUGGAGAGUGAUGAGGACGCUUCCGGCUCUGAAGAUGACGUCUUUGAUGACUCCAUCUGCCCAACGAAUUGUGAUGCAAAUCUCUUUGAACUGGCCCUCCAACUUCGAGAGAAAAGGCUGGACAUUGAAGAAGCCUUAGUUGAAGAAAAGAAAAUUGUUGAUAACCUGAAGAAAGAAUGUGAUACAAUUUCCAAAAAAGUAAAAGUUGUGGGAACCAACCUGAACGCGGCAGAGGAGGCCCUGGAGGCAUAUCAGCGGGAGAAACAGCAGCGACUAAACGAACUGCUGGUUGUCAUUCCUCUCAAGAUCCACCAGAUAGAGUACGUGGUGUUUGGGGAGGUGCCGAAUGACCUUUCUGGGACCUUGGUCUUCUCCAACCACUCCCUGGGGCGACUGCAGGAGCGAAUCGUCCAGCUGCAGGAGGAGAACGCCAAGCAGCAGAAACUGAACAAAGAAUGCAGGGAGAGGCGGAAGCUGCUCAUCCACGAGAAGAGAGAGAUGGCCAAAACCAUCCACAGAAUGGAAGAAACAGUCCGUGACCUAAUGAUCAGCAAGUUUGGGCGCGUGAUCGAUCUGGAAGCCCUCCAGACCCUUUCUGUUAACACAACACUUGAAGAACUGAAGAUCAAAAAACUUCGAAAGGAGCUGUCGAACGCCAAGGAAAUAAGGAUGUGGGAGGAAAAGAUUGCUCAAGUGCGGUGGGAACUGAUGAUGAAGACGAAAGAGCACACCAAAAAGCUGCACCAGAUGAAUGACCUGUGCCUCGAGAAGAAGAAACUGGACUCCAGGCUGAACACGCUCCAGAACCAGCAGGGAAACGCCUUCCAGGGCCCUCGGAAAGCAGAUAUAGUGGCAAGGCAGAAAAUCACCGAACUGGUCCAAAGCCAAUCAGAACAGAUCUCGACCUUAAAGGAAGAGAUUGCUCUUUUGCGGAAGAAGGGGGGUCUUAUCCUCCCGCCCAUCACAUCCACACAAGAGGAUGAAGUGAAGCCCGCGGAUGCUUAAGUUUGCUGUCUUCUCAUUUCCACCCAAGAGUUCCAGCAGAAUUCACCAGGCCUAUUUCCCCGUCACCAAUGACAAUCCUCCCACUAUAAAGUGAACCACAGUGAGAGCGUGUAA